AUGGGAGGGCCUGUGUCAUACAGCUGUCGCAGUGGCGGCGGCGGGGCUUACUCUGUCUGGAAAGUCGCGGCUGUGUUAGCGGGAGGACGGAGAGGCUUUGCAGCCAUGGCUAGAGCCGGAGCCUCUCAUAGCGCGGCGCUUGGUUGCCUGCUUUUGCUUUUGAUCGGUGCCUCCGGAGCGCUGGGAUUGAAGUGUUUCUGCUCCCACUGUGUUGCAACUAACUACACCUGUGAGACAGAUGGUCUCUGUGUGACCACUGUCACUCGCUCAGGCAAUCAAAUAGCGCGCAACAAAAUGUGUGUCUCGAGUGUUGACCUUAUACCUCCUGAUAGACCGUUCCUUUGUGCUCCAUCUACAAGUGGUGCUGCAUCGAGUAAUUGUUGUAAUAAGGAUUUUUGCAACAACUAUGAUCUUCCUAUGCCAACCAGGGAGACUCCAGCAGAGCCUCCCUGGUUAAAUUUGGGGCCUGUGGAAUUGGCAGCAGUCAUCGCUGGACCAGUUUGUGUGGUUUGCAUUUUAUUAAUGGUGGCCUUCUACUACUUUCAUAAUCGUGCAGUAAUUCACCAUCGUGUUCCUCAUGAAGAAGAUCCAACUUUAGAUCAUCCUUUCAUUUCCGAGGGUACCACUCUCAAAGAUUUAAUUUAUGACAUGACCACCUCAGGAUCUGGUUCAGGGCUGCCAUUGCUUGUACAAAGGACAAUUGCCAGAACAAUUGUACUGCAAGAAAGUAUAGGUAAAGGCCGGUUUGGAGAAGUCUGGCGAGGGAAGUGGCGAGGUGAAGAAGUUGCAGUAAAAAUUUUCUCUUCUCGUGAAGAAAGGUCAUGGUUUCGUGAAGCUGAAAUUUACCAGACUGUGAUGUUGCGCCAUGAAAAUAUUCUUGGAUUUAUUGCAGCAGAUAACAAAGACAACGGGACCUGGACACAGUUAUGGCUGGUAUCAGAUUAUCACGAACAUGGCUCCCUGUUUGACUACUUGAACAGGUACACCAUUACUGUGGAAGGAAUGAUUAAACUGGCACUUUCCACAGCCAGUGGACUUGCACAUUUGCAUAUGGAAAUUGUUGGUACACAAGGAAAACCUGCUAUUGCUCACAGAGAUCUGAAAUCGAAAAACAUUCUAGUAAAGAAGAAUGGAACAUGCUGCAUUGCAGAUUUAGGAUUGGCAGUAAGGCAUGAUUCAGCCACAGAUACGAUUGAUAUUGCUCCAAAUCAUAGAGUGGGCACAAAAAGGUACAUGGCUCCAGAAGUCCUUGAUGAUUCUAUAAACAUGAAACAUUUUGAGUCUUUUAAAAGGGCGGACAUCUAUGCUAUGGGCUUGGUAUUCUGGGAAAUUGCACGGAGAUGUUCAGUGGGUGGUAUUCAUGAAGACUAUCAGCUGCCUUACUAUGACCUAGUACCAUCAGACCCUUCAAUUGAGGAAAUGAGGAAAGUUGUGUGUGAACAGAAGCUAAGGCCAAACAUUCCUAACCGGUGGCAAAGUUGUGAGGCUUUACGUGUAAUGGCCAAAAUCAUGCGUGAAUGUUGGUAUGCCAAUGGAGCAGCCAGAUUAACUGCCCUGCGGAUCAAGAAAACAUUAUCUCAGCUCAGUCAACAGGAAGGCAUAAAAAUGUAGAGACGCAUGCAGUCCAGAGAAACAGUGGACAGAAUGAUAACUGUACUUGGAUUGCAGUUUUCUGGAAGGGAUUUUUGUUCUACCUCAUUGAGGAAGCAGAAGUUGGAUCACACUGCCUGUAUCACCAUAGAAACUGCACCAAAUUUUAUACACCGCAUAGGAAAUUUCCACCCUGCCUAGCUCUCUGUUAUGGACAUGCAGAGCUUAGGCCGUGAGGUCCACUCUGCAUUGAACACCACCUUCCCAGGACAUCAACGUGAUAUUAUGUAGCUUAGUUUUUUUAAUUAACCUUUAACUUGAUAAACAGAGAAGUUUUAUUAUUGGUCUUAAUUGUAGAAAAGCUGGAACACUUAAGCCUUUACCAACACUGCCCCGGUGUAUUGGAAAAACUAAUAAUGGGGCUGGUCCCGCAAAUGAAUGAAAUUUCAGUGCAAGAUACAGUAUUACGCAUGAUUGAAAGGUACUGUUCAUCCAAGGUCUGUGCAGUAGUUUUACUGUUUAGGAAUUCAACUAUCAAAUUAUAAUUUUGCCUUGCCCUUCUGUUAUUUUUUUCACUUUGUGUGCUGAAGUCCUAGCUUUGAGUCAGGGAUACUUUUCUCUUUGGUUUGAAGAAUUGCUCAUUCUACCAUUGCUACAAUAAUAGACAUGACUGCAAAAGUAACUUAGAAGUAAAGUUGAGGUACAAUUGUAUUACUGUUACUUUAUUUUGUUUGAAUUUGGGGAAAGAGGGAAUUGUGGCUAUUUUGAAAGCCAGUGCACAAAUCUCACCCAUAAGUGCCAGAGCGUUUGUAAAAUCAUAGCCUGCACCGUGGUUGGUUUUGCCUAAAAGAUAAAUGGGUGAGUGCCAUAAAUUAGCAACAUAGUUAAUAGGUACAACUUUAGGUUUCAGUAUUACUAGGUAAUAUUUGCACUCAGCAUUUUUGCAGUUUUCAUGUGUAUAAAUGCUGAUUUGAGUGCUUGCCAGGCACAAACCAUUCUCCUUUAGGAGCACAUGGAGCAGAAAUGUGAGGAAAAUGGUUGCGGUAUUCCAAUGUGUGCCUCCAUUGUCUAUUUUCUUGUAACAGGAAUUAGCAUUUGAUAAAAGUAGCAUAGAAUGUGCUUGCAGUUUUGUAAUUUUGGUGUCUUGCAGCUUAGGCUCUGCAUGGGGGAGAGCAUUUAGUCAUCCACUUGUGCAUAAUCUCUCUCAAUUUGAUUUGUGCUAAGGAACAGAAAACUAUUUUUGAGUUAUAAUCCUAAGAAUCAUCAAGUAUUUUGUCCAGUAAUAUCUAAUAUAGCAAAAUCCAAAUUGAUGCAAUCAAAACUAACACUAAAUGAACUAAUAGUAGCCAGAAAAUACCUUUUAUCGUAAGUAGCAUAGAGGGAGCAAUCUUAAUAAAUAUUUGCCCAUUUGUCUCCUUCUGUCUGUUUGCAGUGAGCGUUAAUUACCCUUUGGACAAUUUAUCAAGUGUGUUACAGUUUUUAUGUAUUUUAUUAGAUCAUUUUAAGGUGAAAGCAUUUUGCAUUGUUUUCAAUUUAUAUGCGCAAUUAAAAUUAGACUUGUUUUUAUAAAUUUAGAACUGAAACAAUAGUCACUAAAAUAAGUUUUGUAUUAGGAAUAACUGGAUCUUUAUUUAGCUUUUGAAAAGAUAUAUUUUAGAAGACAACCAUACCUGAGAGCAUUAAUGCAAAACUGUAAUUGAAGAAAUCAAUUUGACCAUUUAAAUUACACUAACUUUAUCAAGAUAUUAUUUUAACGAUUUAUCUGCUGCUGUUUUUUCCCGCAAAAGUUUCCAUGCCUAUUUUUUUGAAAUGACUGAAAUGUUGCUGUUUUAGGGAAGAGUUUGGUGGCAAGGGGAAGGAUGUUCAGGGAAAACUUGUGCAUGUUUGUAGUGGCUGUUAAAGGUUUUUUUUCUCCUGCAGUUUUAUUUAUUUUAAACUGAGAGUUUCCAUAGUUUUGUAGCUUUCUAUUACAUCUCAAUGGCCUUUGCUCAAGGUGCUGUACUGCAAGGCAGAUUGGCGGUCUGUUAUCAUUUGCAACAGCCACAGUCUGGGCUGCUGUGCCUCUUUAUUUGCACCAAAAUGCCAUAAUGAGCCUUAUGAUCUUGCACUGUUAAUCUGCGUGCAACUAUUGAGUUCUGUGAAGCAUAUGUGUAGAUUUGCUGCUUGGUUCUCCUGAAGUACACAAUUUUCCAAACCCCUGUUCCUGAACUUUAUUUGAUUUGAAGCGGAGAAUUUGGGUUAGUUUCAGAUUAAAGACUGAAAGCGGCAAUAUGGUUUUCUAAUGUACAUUAUGGAAAACGCUGCAUAUGUUGAAAUUAACGGGUUUACUUUGUCAGUGUUUGAAAUCUGAUAUAAAGAUUUGGCAUCCCAUGCGAAGAUAAAUGAGAGAAUUGUGUGAGAUGAAUAGACUUUAGUAAAACUCAAGUUUGUCACAAUUCAGCAGUCUGUUGAUGUUAUUCCAUGAAUUUGACCGAAAUAUAGUAAUGUGAAGCAAUUUAUAUUGCUACAUCAAAAAUUGGAACCACUCUUUAAUGAGUUUAGUCCAGCUUUUAGUUUCUACUUAGUUUACAUAUUACAUAUUUAAAAUGCAUAGAGCGCAAUGUAGAAAGUUUUUAAUUCUUUUAAUAUUACUAAACUAUAGUGCGAAGUUUUAUUGCACAGUAACAAACCUGGUAGAAAGAUGUGUGCACAAAUGACCAUAUAGAAAAUGUUGGAUCUAGCUUCUAACCCGAAUAAAUCCAGGUUAUUUUCACGGUACUUAAUCUGAAAGUGUAUAGUUUCCUGGCUGGAAAACAGUGUUAUAAAUGCAAGUGGUGAAGGCACUUGAAUGAAGUGGCAAACUGCUGCUAAACCCAUAAAUAAAAUGUGUAGUUUCUUUGUUUUUAAGAAUUCUCAUCAGUCAUUCCUGUUGUAAGUAAUCACUGAGCAUAUUACCAUAGGUCUCGUGUAUAGUACAGAAAAACAACUUUAAUAUAUUAAGAGUUUUGUGUGGUAGGCUUAUGAACACAUUCAAAAAGAGCACCUCCCUGUAAAACAAUUAUAAUUGCUCUAUGAUCUGUAGCAUGCUAAAUGUGCAUAUUGGAAGUGCUAGCUUAUUACUAUACAGAUUUUGCCCAGGACGACUCUAGGAAAAUGCAAAUUAUACUGCUGCAUAUGUUACGACGAUUGUUAAAUUUUGAAGUGCUGUUGGAUGAGUUUUUUUUUGUGUUGAGUGCCAUGACCUGCCUUUUCAGGACAGUCCCAUUUUCUAUUACACUUUGCCAUGUGGUCUUUCUGUGAAUCUGGGUUUAGAUUUAUUCUACAAUCAAAUCAUACAGUUGAAGUUUUUAUGUAAUUUUGCAUUGAAUUAAAGAUACCUCUGGAAUGACCAAGUUAUAUUUACCUCACUGUGAAUGUGUGCGUGUGCGUGUGAGAGAGAGAGAGAGAUAAUACUGAGUUUCAGUAACUCAGCAGGUUUGCAAACUCUGUUAAUUUUGAAAAGCAAAAAUCCUGCAUCUGUCCAUGGUACUGAAGUGUCUUGUGUACGUAUUGCGCCCGGCUUAUUGUAUACCAGAUAUAAUCCUUUUUAUUGUUUGUAUAAAAUGCUGAUCCAGGAAGUAUCUACGCUGCUCUUGCAAUGCUUUUCCUCCAGGGACACAGCUUUGCAGCUAGCAUAUAUGGCAAAAGGGGAGAUACGGAGUGAGUAAAUAGAGAUUUGUGAAUUCAACAAGCUUUUUCCUCUUUUCUUCCCAAAAUACCAUAAUCAUAAAUUAUGUAUCCCCCCAUCCCCUAAGUCUUAAGAUCAUGUAUAGUCUUUGUACAAAAUGAGAAGUGAAGAUGGUGAUGCUAUACUGAAUUUAAAUGGCUUAUUGAAAGUAUUGACAUUGUACAAUGCAUCUGACAAAAUCAGAUGAAAAUAAAGUAUUCAUCUUCACUUGAUGACUGUA